CAUAAUGCACCAGCGGUUUGUCGUCUUCUUCUUUUUUUUAUGACUCUCGCGGGCUUUGUUUUUCUAUGGCGGCAGACUUCGAAACUUCACUCUGUUAUGUUUCUCCAACGCAGACUUUUACUUCGGUAACACCGCUUUUCUCCCGCGUCGCAGCGGGACCUGCCUGAGAGGACAUGUCAGCUCCAGACGGGCUUCAUCAGUACUCCCCGGCAGCCUUCCUGGCAAGGUGGAUGCCGAGCAGCGACCGAGCCGGGGUGAUCCUCAGCCCCCCCAGCGCGGACCCCUUGUUGGCCGGACCCCUGCGGCUCAUCGCCGCCGCGGGAUCCUCGCCCAUGAAGCCAGACGACUCGUUUGCCUCCGACUUCGCCCCGCUGCCCGCCUCCGCAGACAGCAGCUGCUGCAUCGGCGGGGAUGGAUUUGCGCGGCUGUCGCCCGGAGGAGGAGGAGGAGGAGGAGGAGAGACCGCCGAGGCUGACAGGCCAGUGGACGGUCAUCCAGGUGGACAGAUGGACGGUCUGGAUGAGAUGGCGAGCAGGUCACAGGAUGUUCCACUAAUGAUGAAGCUAGAACAGUUGAGGAAGUGGCAGCAACACAUGCAGGAGCAGCUGAAGGCCCAUCAGCUGGAGGAGCUGCUGCGGCUCCAGGAGGAGCAGCAGAGGCUGCUGGGAAUGAUGAAUGGGUCCGAGCACUGCGCAGGAGAUCAGUCGGAGGGUUCGGGGCUAUUGGAAGCAGAAACGGAGGAGGACUCACUCCAGGAAGCCUCUGAUCACAGAGAGAGCCCACGACAACUGUCACCGGCAGGGAGACGGGAGUGGCUACCAGGACGUCUAAAUCAUGAGGAGGUGGACAACGAGGAAGAGGACAUGUCAAAGUCCAGUGGCGAUCACCAGGAACAGAAGAACGUUACGAGCCGUUUUCAGGAGCACGACGUCACAUUGAUACCAAGUAAUGGUGCGGCUUUGACCGAAGAACGGGGAAGGAAAGAAGAUAAAAUCUCACAGGAGAGACCGAUUAAGCCAGGCAUUGGAGGUCACAAGCAGACAUUUGAGGAGUUGUUGGAGGAGCAACUGAGGCUGGAGGAUCAGAGGCUGAAGUCUGCCCGGCAACAAGAGAGCCAAGAUGGAGCUGAAGCUGUACACGCCCCUCCUAAGAGGGCCUUUCUGAAACGAGGCGAGGGGCUCUCUAGGUUCACCAACAAUCGCAAGACCUCGUUAGCAAAAAAGGAGGCGAAGAAGGACUCCAGACAUCAACCCAGAGUGAUCACCCGCAGCAACUCGGAGCCGACGGCUAUCCAGAGGGGGGGCACGAACUGCACACAGCGGCUUCCUGUGCAGCGCAAAACCGCCAAACUGAACAAGGAGAACCGACUGAGGGGUCUCGGUUCGCCGCCUCAGGACAACAGAGCUGAGAAUAAGACGGCACGGACGGUCCUGGGUAGUUACCAGAGGCAGAACACAGAAGGAUCAGAGUCACAAACCAAACUGAGUCAAGUAAAGGAACAGAACAACAGGACGGUGGGUCUGUCUGCUCAGACACUGAGGAAGCCCGGGCCGCACAACACGCAGCCGAACCCUGUAACCAAACAGGUGGGCCUGUUGGGAGGAGGGCCGGGGACGGCUGAAGUGUACGCAUCUAAAGAUAAAAGUUCAGGAGGAGAAGUAGGAGGAGGACAUGGAGUUCCAGUGGACUCGUUUGAGUUGUCGUUCCAGGACAAACUCCAGCACUGGGAGUGCGACCGGCAGCUGGAGAACAUGGAGCUGGGAGAGUUUGAGUUGCUGGAGCAGGCGGCCGAGGAGCUGUCCUUCUCGUCCAACUCCUCCUUUGUCGUGAAGGUUCUACAGAUGGACAAGCAGCACCGGCAGCUGCACGCCCCUCAGGGCCUCUACCAGCGCCGGCUCUCCUCCACCCCCAUCAAGUCCCCACCCGGAGGUGAACUCCAGAGGUGCAGGAGUGUCGGCAGCGACAUUGGUUUGGCGCGUGACAGCGGUUCUGUGAAAUCAGAAGCAUUUGUGGCGAAGGUAAGAGACGAUGCGUUCGAGGACAAAAUGAGGACAGAGGAUAAAGAGGGAUCGGACAACUCGGAUGCUUCCUCCUGCAGUGGCUCUGAAUUUGAACACCAGGAGGGGGCGGUCGAACCUCCUUUGUUUCCCAGCACCCUUUGCUUUCCCACAUCGCCAAACCCGCCGUACGAUAAGUGGUCCUAUCAGGACGAGGACAGUCGUAGAAAUCCAGAUGGAGCACAAGGCUUUGAUGGGGAGAGCGACAGCUUCCUCGGCAACGCCGAUGAGUCGACUCUGAUAGAAGACACGGACGGGCAGCAGCGGAGAGUUGUGUUUGACGACGACGACACGUGGAACGACACAGAGGAAACUCCCAACAGCAGCAGAGCAUUCAGUCCGGCUGCAGAGCCAGCAGCCAAUGGCGUCUCAGCACCGGUGCAGACUUUGUUGCGGAAGGUGGCGGUGAGCAAAGUCGUGGAGCUGGAUAAAGGCACAGUCAUUCGACCAGCCAAUCUGGAGCCAGCUCCUCUUCCUCCUCCGGCCUCCCAGCUCAUGACCAGGUUGUUCCCCUCGCUGAAGCCGAAGGCCCAAAAUCUGCCUUCUCCUCAUCCUCUUCCUCCUCCUCCUCCUCCUCCUGCUGCUGCUGCUCCUCAGUCCAGAAAAUUAGAGGAGGAGACAGGCCAACAGGUCCAGUCCCGACAGCUGAGGGAGAGACUAGUCGAGCUGGAGAUCGAGAUCGACAGAUUCAAAAAGGAGAACGCCGCCCUCACCAAACUCCGACAGGAGAACGAGAAAAACCAGGAAAACCUCAGGAAGGAGCGUUUGGAGUUCGAGCAGACAAAAGCGGAGGAGCUGGCCGAGUUUGAGGAGUACAAGAAGGAGGAAAACAGGAAGCUGCAGAGAGAGCGCAAAGUUUUCGAGAAGCACGUGUCGGCCGCCAGAGCCAUUCCUGACAAGAAGGAGCGGGAGGAAAUCCAGGCGUUGAAGCAGCAGCUGAGCUCCCUGCAGGAGGAGCUGAGGAGGAAGGAGAGUCGCUGGGCCUCCGCACACGGUCGCCUGCGGCAACAGAUCGACUCCCUCGGCCACGAGAACGGUUCCCUCCGGGACGAGAUCUGUAUGUUGGAGAAACUCCGCCUCAGUACCUGGAAGAAAACAUCCGUCAGCGCAGAGAAAGACAAAGAAACAAAAGACGGCUCAAGGAUAUUUGCAAACAACGUUUCAUCUGUGACCAAAGGAGUGAAAUUUGCCAGUCCUCUUGACUCGAGGGGAAGCAGCAGCAGCAGUGGAAGCAGCAUCAGUCCUCUGCCGAGCAGCGCUGCUGCUGCAGCCGGUCGAAGGAGCUCCAUGGAGACCAGUCAGGCUUCUACAGUAGGGAUGAAGAGCAGCCUGAGGAGGCCGUCGGUGCCGAUCGCCUCUUCCUCGUCCACCUCUUCCUCCUCCUCACUGGCCGGCAGGAGGACGGAGCUCGAGAGGUCAACAGCUGCUGCUGCCGGCAAGAGUCAGGACAAACUGCCAGAACAAUCGAGAAGCUGCUGCUCUCCGGUCAGAGGCGUCGACCCUGACGAGCUCUCCGCUUCUCUGAAAAGUGAUUCUCUGCCAAAAGAACCCGCGUGCAGCGAGCCCGAAGAGGUGGAGUCGUCUCAGGAGGUCGUCACGCAUCCUGAUGGGAAGACGGAAAAGGUUCUGUCCGGUGGCGAUCGCCUCAUCGUUUACCCCAACGGCACCAGGAAGGAGGUUUCAGCCGACGGACUGACGGUCAAGGUCACAUUCUUCAAUGGAGACACCAAACAAAUCACAGCCGACCAGCGAGUGAUCUACUACUACUCCGAGGCCCAGACGUCACAUGUCACCUACCCAGACGGUAUGGAGGUGCUGCACUUCCCCAACAAGCAGACCGAAAAGCAUUUCCCUGACGGCCGCAAGGAAAUCACCUUCCCAGACCAGACGGUGAAGAACCUGUUCCCAGACGGCCGAGAGGAGAGCGUGCUGACAGACGGAACCGUCAUACACGUCAACACGGACGGCACCAAGGAGAUCCACUUCAACACGGGCCAGAAGGAGAUCCACACGGCCGACUUCAAGAGGAGGGAGUAUCCCGACGGCACCGUGAAGACGGUCUACGCCGACGGCCGGCAGGAAACUCGCUACCCGACCGGACGGCUCCGGAUCAAAGACAAGGACGGGAACAUCGUCCUGGACAACAACAGGCCGUAGAACCACAGCGACUCAGAGCCAAGUAGAUGAUUCUGUUUCGGGUCCCGGGGGGUCAUUUUGGUACAAAUUGAAACAAAUCAAACUUUGAAAGAGGCAAAGCUACAGGAGAAACAGGGGGUCAAGGAAGUCAUAAGCCUCUAUGAAAGUAUUUCAAUUAUUUGUCAAUUCUAGCCGUCUCGUUUUAUGGCAACACUCAAACAGGUUGAUGUCUGUAAACACUACAGUCCUUUUUCCAAGAAACAACACUCCAUAGAAGCAGGUUUUUUAAAUUAUUAUUUUUUUUUAAUCACGUCUCGUCAGUAGCACACGAUGUUUGUUGCACUUAUGAGCUACCGAAUAUCUAAAUGUGAAUAUUUUAACAGGAACUGUGACAUUCCCAGUAAAAGCCUUGAGAAUAAUGACGAGCUGAACAGAACUGGUUUAGUGUUUGUGAUUUUAAUUUGUAAAAAUGUCAAUACAUAUUUAUUUUCUUAGCCGACUAUGAAAUAAAUUUUAUUUGUUUUUGUUAA